AACUCACUGUCGAGAAAAUGUGUUUGAACCACCAACUCCACUUACGAACUGUGGACAAAUAGGCAAGAUAGCUAUAUUUCAGUGUUGCUUUGUCUUAAGUUCGCAAACUUCGUACGAAAAAGAAAUUGACGAUUUGUUGGAAAUAAGAAUACAUGGGAAUCAAUUAUUUAUAAAUUUCAUAUGUACAUAAAAAGCCGAGGCACCAUAAAGUGCGAAAUAUUAAUGCGGUCUAUUGUGGCUAUUGCGUCUACUGGCAUCUCACCAUCACACGCGUGACUUCAAUAACUUUGAUUAUCAAAAGACUGUGGUACAAAAUUCUAGAAGAAAAAGCCCGAAAAGUCCUGUAGCAUCAAAACGUAAAUACAUAGAACAGCAGCCCUUCUUCCAUGGUAAAAUAUUUUAAAAAAUAUCCACUAGCCUGAGCGUGCACCAACGUGCACGGUGUUGCUGGGCAGUUCAAAAGUUGGUAGCGCCGCUAAUGUGGUUGGUACAAAUGAUACAAAUAAUUUUCUUGCAGGACGGUUGGUACCUAUAUACUCUAUACUCUGUGGUUGGUAACGGAAUGAUUUGGCUGGUCCCCAAAAUUGUGGUGAUUGUUUGCCUGUGCCCCCUAACCUCUCAUUGCUUAAAUCGCAAAAAUGCCUUUCAUGAAAGGCCCUGCACCAAUUCGGAGAACUUUGAAGUAUCUUGAAGCAGGGAAAGUAAUUCUAAGAGACAGAGUUAAGAUAUUUUCAGUUAAUUACAACACAAAAGGAGACCACCAUCAUGGAGCAAGAAAUUUUGUGUUUUGGCAUCUUCCACAGCUGCAGUAUAAAAACCCAGAUGUUCAAAUUAUAACCUUUAAAAAUAUGACUCCAACACCAUUUAUUAGAUGCUUCUUUGUGAGUUUCAUUGCAGAUUCUGGUGAUGAAAUGAUCAUUGAUAUUGACAGUCGAACAAAGGAUGAAAUAAUUGAUCAUCUUGUAAAAGUUGUAUGUAAGUCAGAGGAAUUACUGGCAGCUGAAGCUCUUGCUAAAGAGAAGAAGGACAAUCCUGCAAAUUUUGGGUUUGGAUGUGACAAGCAUUGCAUUUGUGACAUUCCAGGCCAAAUACCUUGCCCUGCAGUUGUGCCAGUACCAAGCCAUAUGCGAGGGAAAAACAUAUUUGCAAAGGAUUAGUCUAUGAAUUUAUUGUAGUUAUUAUUAUUAAAAAAUUAUUUAACUUUAAAACUUGUAUAUUAUUGUAUCUAUUCUUUUUACACUGCUAUUUUGCUACAUUCAUUUUUUUUAAAUAUCAAUGAAUUUUCAUUACCUGUGUAUAGAAAUGUGCAAACCCUGCAUGUGAUGAACAUGUAUAAUACAAAUUUACAGUAAUAUUGAAUAAAAUUUUCUCCAAAAGGGCUA